AUACAAAAUAUCCAAGAAUAUUAAAUAGAGUAAGUUUACACAACUCUUAUUUACAAUGGUGUCAUUUAAAAUUGGAGGGCCAAUAAAAAACUAGCCCCGGGCCUUAAAUUGAAUCCAAAUGACUUACGGUAAGUGACAGGACGGACUUACAGGUUUCAUCAUGGCUCUUUGGCACAGUCAAUGUUUUUUUAGCCCAGAUUCCUCACGAUCCCUGCGGCUGUUUAGUUUGUCAGACUUUGGUUUCCACACGUUUGGAGUUGAUGUGUGUGCUUCUUGCACUGUUCAGCUGCUGCAGGAUCUGAAGAUGCCCACGGAAGGUGUCCUCUCCCAGACCUUGUCCCGGGACAUCUUCAGUUCUGGCGUGGAGUCCCCGGUCCUGCUGGCCAGUGUCAGCGUGAGUAACGCCAGCAGACCGGGAGUCUCCGGCUGCACCUACAAGGAGGACUUCAAGCGAGUCCUGCUGCCCUCGGUCUACACCCUGGUGCUCCUGCUGGGUCUGCCUCUCAACGCCGCCGUGCUGCUGAAGAUGUGGAGGAGGAGAACUGGUCUGAGGAGGAGACCUGGUCUGUCCCGCAGCAACAUCUACACCCUCAACCUGGCCGUGGCCGACUUCCUGUACGUGAUGUCACUUCCUCUGCUGGUCUACAACUACGCCAGUCACGACUACUGGCCCUUCGGGGACCUGGCCUGCAAGGUGGUCAGGUUUCAGUUCUACAGCAAUCUUCACGGCAGCAUCCUCUUCCUCACCUGCAUCAGCGUUCACCGCUACAUGGGCAUCUGCCACCCGCUGGCGGUGUGGCACAAGCAGGGCGGGCGGCGGCUGGCCUGGGUGGUGUGUGCGGGGGUGUGGCUGCUGGUGGCGCUCCUCUGCGCGCCAACCUUCUACUUCGCCUCCACGGGAACCCAGCGCAACCGCACCGUGUGCUACGAUUUGAGCACGCCAAAGCAGUCGGCGGACUACUACCCUUAUGGCAUGGCGCUCACCUGCCUGGGCUUCCUGUUGCCUUUUACGGGCGUGAUGAUGUGCUACUUUAGGAUGGCGCUCGUACUCUGCCGGCCGGCGUCCUACCAGGGCGUCAAUGCGCGGGCCCUGAGAAAGAAGCGCGAGAAGGCGGGGAAGAUGAUCGUUGUGGUGGCGGCGGUCUUCUGCGUCAGCUUCCUGCCCUUCCAUCUCACCAAAACCCUCUACCUGCUGAUCCGGACUCUGCCCGCCGUGCCCUGCGAGACCAGGAACCUUUUCUCCGUCAUCUACAAGAGCACCAGACCUUUUGCCAGCAUGAACAGCUUCCUGGACCCCAUCCUCUUCUACUUCACUCAGCCGCGCUACCGACAAAGUACCAGCAGCUUUCUGCUCAGAGUCACCAGCUUCAGGGACAAGAGCAGCAGUCACACCAAAUCAUCGAGUCAACACAUCACAUCAUCAAGUCAGACCCUAAAAUCAAGUAGUCAGCCCCUAAAAUCAAGUAGUCAGUCCCUAAAAUCAAGUAGUCAGUCCCUAAAAUCAACUAGUCAGCCCCUAAAAUCAAGUAGUGAGCCCCUAAAAUCAAGUAGUUAGCCCCUAAAAUCAGAUAGUCAGCCCCUAAAAUCAUGUAAAGAGUCUCUAAAACUAUAGUUAACCCAUUAAAUCAUGAAGUUAGCCCCUAAAAUCAUGUAAAGAGUCCUAAAAUCAAGUAGUCAGUCCCUAAAAUCAACUAGUCAGCCCCUAAAAUCAAAUAAUCAGCCCCUAAAAUCAAAUAGUUAGCCCCUGAAAUCAACUAGUCAGCCCCUAAAAUCAAGUUGUUAGCCCCUAAAAUCAUGUAAAGAGUCUCUAAAAGUAUAGUUAACCCAUUAAAUCAUGACGUUAGCCCCUAAAAUCAAGUAGUCAGCCCUUAAAAUCAUGUAGUCAGCCCCUAAAAUCAAGUAGUCAGUCCCUAAAAUCAAGUAGUCAGUCCCUAAAAUCAACUAGUCAGCCCCUAAAAUCAAGUAGUCAGCCCUUAAAAUCAAGUAGUCAGCCCCUAAAAUCAUGCAGUCUCUAAAAGUAUAGUUAACCCAUUAAAUCACGAAGUUAGCCCCUAAAAUCAUGUAAAGAGCCCCUAAAAUCAAGUAGUCAGCCCCUAAAAUCAAGUAGUCAGUCCCUAAAAUCAACUAUCAGCCGCUAAAAUCAAAUAAUCAGCCCCUAAAAUCAAGUAGUUAGCACCUAAAAUCAACUAGUCAGGCCCUAAAAUCAAGUUGUUAUCCCCUAAAAUCAAAUAGUCAGCCCCUAAAAUCAUGUAGAGUCUCCAAAAGUAUAGUUAACCCAUUAAAUCAUGACGUUAGCCCCUAAAAUCAUGUAAAGAGCCCCUAAAAUCAAGUAGUCAUCCCCUAAAAUCAAGUAUUCAGUCCCUAAAAUCAACUAGUCAGCCCCUAAAAUCAAAUAAUCAGCCCCUAAAAUCAUGCAAAUAUCCCCUAAAAGUAUAUAGUUAGCCCCUACAAAUUGUGAAGUUAGGCCCUAAAAUCAUGUAGUCAGCCCCUAAAAUGAAGUAGUUAGCCCCUAAAAUUAUGAAGUUAACCCCUAAAAUUAAGUAGUUAGCCCCUACAAAUUGUGAAGUUAGGCCCUAAAAUCAAGUAGUUGGCCCCUAAAAUCAAGUAGUUAGCCCUUAAAACCAUGUAUUCAGUCCCUAAAAUCAUGUAGUCAGCCCCUAAAAUGAAGUAGUUAGCCCCUAUAAUUAUGAAGUUAAGCCCUAAAAUUAAGUAGUUAGCCCCUACAAAUUGUGAAGUUAGGCCCUAAAAUCAAGUAGUUGGCCCCUAACAUCAAGUAGUUAGCCCCUAAAAUCAUGUAAAUAGCCCCUAAAAGUAUAUAGUAAGCCUUUAAAAUCAUGAAUUUACCCCAUACAAUCACAUAGUUAGCCCCUAAAAGUAUGCACUUAGCCCCUUAAAUCAUGUAGUUAACCCUGUAAAUCAUGUAUAGAGCCCCUAAAAGUAUAUAGUUAGCCCUUACAAUCACAUAGUUAGCCCUUACAAUCACAUAGUUAGCCCCUAAAACCAUGUAGUUAGCCCUAAAAUCAUGUAAAGAGCCCCUAAAAGUAUAUAUACUUAGCCCUUACAAUCACAUAGUUAGCCCCUAAAAUCACAUAGUUAGCCUCUAAAAUCAUGUAAAUAGCACCUAAAUCUAUAUAGUUAGCCCUUAAAGUCAUGCAGUUACCCCAAACAAUCACACAAUUAGCCCCUAAAACCAUGUAGUUAGCCCCAAAAAUUAUGUAGUUAGCCCCUUAAAUCAUGUAGUUAACCCUGUAAAUCAUGUAUUUAGCCCCCAAAAUCAUGUAUAGAGCCCCUAAAAGUAUAUAGUUAGCCCUUACAAUCACAUAGUUAGCCCCUAAAACCACGUAGUUAGCCCCUAAAAUCAUGUAAAGAGCACCUAAAAGUAUAUAGUUAGCCCUUACAAUCACAUAGUUAGCCCCUAAAAUCGCAUAGUUAGCCCCUAAAAUCACAUAGUUAGCCCCUAAAAUCAUGUAAAUAGCCCCUAAAUGUAUAUAGUUAGCCCUUAAAGUCAUGCAGUUACCCCAAACAAUCACAUAAUUAGCCUUUAAAACCAUGUAGUUAGCCCCUAAAAUCAUGUAAAUAGCCCCUAAAUGUAUAUAGUUAGCCCUUAAAGUCAUGCAGUUAGCCCAAACAAUCACAUAAUUAGCCCCUAAAACCAUGUAGUUAACCCCUAAAAUUAUGUAGUUAGCCCCUUAAAUCAUGUAGUUAACCAUGUAAAUCAUGUAUUCAGCCCCUAAAAUCAUGUAUAGAGCCCCUAAAAGUAUAUAGUUAGCCCUUACAAUCACAUAGUUAGCCCCUAAAACCAUGUAAAGAGCACCUAAAAGUAUAUAGUUAGCCCUUACAAUCACAUAGUUAGCCCCUAAAAUCACAUAGUUAGCCCCUAAAAUCAUGUAAAGAGCACCUAAAUGUAUAUAGUUAGCCCUUAAAGUCAUGCAGCUAUACAUAAUUAGCCCCUAAAAUCAUGUAAAGAGCACGUAAAAGUAUAUAGUUAGCCCUUACAAUCACAUAGUUAGCCCCUAAAAUCACAUAGUUAGCCCCAAAAAUUAUAUAGUUAGCCCCUUAAAUCAUGUAGUUAGCCCCUAAAAUCAUGUAUAGAGCCCCUAAAAGUAUAUAGUUAGCCCUUACAAUCACAUAGUUAGCCCCUAAAACCAUGUAGUUAGCCCCUAAAAUCAUGUAAAGAGCACCUAAAAGUAUAUAGUUAGCCCUUACAAUCACAUAGUUAGUCCCUAAAAUCACAUAGUUAGCCCCUAAAAUCAUGUAAAGAGCACCUAAAAGUAUAUAGUUACCCCUUAUAAUCACAUAGUUAGCCCCUAAAACCAUGUAGUUAGCCCCUAAAAUCAUGUAAAGAGCACCUAAAAGUAUAUAGUUAGCCCUUACAAUCACAUAGUUAGUCCCUAAAAUCACAUAGUUAGCCCCUAAAAUCAUGUAAAUAGCACCUAAAUGUAUAUAGUUAGCCCUUAAAGUCAUGCAGCUACACAUAAUUAGCCCCUAAAACCAUGUAGUUAGCCCCUAAAAUGAUGUACUUAGCCCCUUAAAUCAUGCAGUUAACCCUGUAAAUCAUGUAUUCAGAUCCUAAAAUCAUGAAGUUAAGCCCUAAAAUUAUGUAGUUAGCCCUUAAAUCAUGCAGUUAACCCUUUAAAUCAUGUAUUCAGAUCCUAAAAGCAUGAAGUUAAGCCCUAAAAUUAUGUAGUUAGCCCCGUAAAUCAAAAAAAUAUUGCACUGGAUGUGAAGAUUGAAGUCUGUUUCAUGUGUUUGCUAUUUUGCAGCGACUGUGAAGGCGGUCGCCCCGCUCGCAUGAAAGAUCAUUUGAAUGACUGGACUCUAAUGUGCGACUGUCCAUCUUGUGGGAACUCACCUGCAGUAUUAUUACGGAUCACUAUUUGGCCCUUGUCAUGCAGCUUGAUGUGUAGUUGCCAGGAUCUGUCCACUAGAUGGCGGCCCGGGUCACCUUUUGUGUGAGUACAGUAGCCAAGGUAGUCUGUGUGUUCUAUGACUCGUGCAUGUUUCUCCGUGUAAUGUUUGAGCUGAUGUGUAAAUUUAUAUUUUAUUUUUCUGCCAACGCAAGUUAUGAUUGCCUGAUGCUGUGACACUGCACACAUUGACUGAUGAAUGUUGUGUUGCAUGUUCUAGAGCAGGGGUCGGGAACCUUUUUGGCUGAGAGAGCCAAGAAUCCGAAUAUUUUAAAAUGUAUUUCCGUAAGAGCCAUAUCAUUUUUUUCCAACACUGAACACACCUAAAUGUGUGCAUUUUUAAGUAAGACUAACAUUUUUAGAGCAUAAUAAGUCUCUUAUUCUUUGUAAUAACAUUGAUAAUCUGAAGCUAACUGUGGAGGGGGCGUGGCCUGCGGGCCUGCAGCGAAGCAGGGUGUGCCAGGACCGGAUUUGAAAUCAGCGACAGGUGCAUAGACAACCCACCUGGGCCUUGUUAUCUAAUCACCUGUCGCUCUGUUAUAAGCAGCAGCCAGGAGGAGAGACAGGGUUGGUGCUGGAGCCAGAGUGCGAGCGAGAACGAAAGAGAAAAAGACAAUUGCUAGAAAGCAACUGAGAGACUUAUUGAAAAAUAAAAAAAAUAUCGUAACCCUGAAACAGGCUUUCAUGUCGGUGCUUGGUGGUCUGAAGAACCCACAGGAGGGCAAGCCCUAAAAAACCCAAUAAUAAAUAAAGUGCGGUAGAAAAAGGAUGGAUGGAUUCAAAUGCAUGAGCAUGUUUAAUAUUUUGAACGUUAUUUUUAACAGUGGAAUUAGUCAUUACUUAUUGUGUUAAGCAGUGUUAGCUCAGAUUUAUCCGAGAGCCAGAUGCAGUCAUCAAAAGAGCCACAUCUGGCUCUACAGCCAUAGGUUCCCUACCCCUGUUCUAGAGUGUUCUAUUACACGCAUGCAGCAAAUAUCUCUCCAUGUGAGUCUUUUAUUGCAUGUAUAAAACUGGAGUACAAUCCAAUUUUCUUACACGGGUCGAAGAUCUUGAAAAUGUUCUUGAAUGUUGUUAUGAAGAAUCGAAAUUUGGCGGGUCGAACUGUAAGCGUGGCCGUUAUUUUCCACUCCAUUUGUGAGUUGAUGUAUUGUAACUGAAUUAAAACUGCUGUGUUUACAUCA